ACAGUUUCGACAAUUCAAGCAUCGCAGACCUUUAAAAAUGAUCUUUAUUCUAAUGAUCGGGUUACUUGUCGUUUCGAAAGCACGUGGCAAUUGUCCUGACGGGUUUGUGCAGUUCAGGGAAUCGUGUUACCACUUUAGCCACAGCAGGGAAACCUGGAUGGGCGCGCAGGUAGCAUGCAAAGAGGCAUUCUUUCCAACCAAGGCGAAUCUUGUUAAAAUCGACGACCAAGCUGAGAAUCAAUUCCUGUUUAGACAAGCCCAAGCAACAAGAACGGAAUACUGGAUAGGAGCCUCGGAUCUUCAGGUGAAGGGAGUGUAUCGUUGGCUUAACUCGGGACAGGAAGUCGGGACUUACUUCAAUUUCUGGAUUUACUCUGGAAAUCCCAGCGGAGGUCCGGAACAUUGCAUGGAAAUUUCGCUUAAUACUAACAAUGUGCCCUUUUGGAACGACCAGACCUGUACCGACUUCCAGCACUUUAUCUGCGAGACAGCUGCCAAAUAAGCAUCUUCUUUAAAGCCCAGGUUGUUGUUAUCACAUGACCUGAUUUUGUUUAUAAUUUUAUUUAAUAUUUUGCAAUCUUUAUUUCUCCUUAUUCUUAAGUUUAAUAUAAUCAUAACCUUUCGUAAAAUAUACAUGAAAAGGUUAGAAUUCAACACAAAUAUUAAUAGUAUUAAUAUUACAUCAACGUUGCAAAAACAUGUCCAAAUUACAACCGAUUAAAAAGGGUUAUAUUAAAAACAAAGUUCGUAGUCAAUCGUCCUUAUGAACGGUGAUGUUUGUACUAUUUCUAGUUAACAAAAUUCAAUUACAUGUAAUAUUGUUUGUGCCUUUUAUACGAACGGAAUGUAUAGCCAUGUCCAUAAAUGAAAGUCCAGAGGCAAUACUUUAUAUAUUAUACAGAAAAUAUAGACCAAGGGAUUUAAUAGCGGCCGUUUACAAUAUGUAUGCAUAAGAAUCGACUUAUUAAGGUUAAGUUUUAUUGAUAUUUAAUAGUUUUGGGCUGAUGUCUAAUAGCCUUUUGCUCAUAUUUUGACGCAAUUGCCUUUGUCUUUAAAAUUUCUAUGUAAAAAUCUGUACGAUAUAUAGAUAUAUGUAUGUCAUUGAUUCCAA